CGCUGUCACGCGAAUACCUGCAUUUGUAUGAAAGUUUUCCCCCAACAGACACAUUUUGCGGUUGGAGGACUGCAUCACAAAAUUUGGAGAGGAUGCAAGAAGACGAGAAUGAAGGGGCUAAAUUGCGUUCCAGUUCCGGCAUCCAGUGGGAUCCAACCCUUCUUCUGCCAGAAAGUGAGAGUGAAGAGGGAACCUCUUGUCUUUUCCUUGACUUGGAGCAGCAUUGUCCCCCGCCACGUAAAACCUCGCGUCAAUACUUGAAGCGGAUCAUUGCAGAAUAUGAGGCACUGGACAUGGAAAUCCCAUGUAUUCGCAAGUUCCCCAAGCCACCAGCUGCUCGGCCCCUUUGCCUCUGUCUGGAGAGUCCGCCUGAAAAGGAGAUGAACCAUGCAGAGGUCCUGGCAGCAGUAGAGGAAGCCAUUCCCGAUGCGUUUGAGUCAGGACUCCUGCGCAGCAUCCAGUUUGAGAACAUCAAUGUGAUCUGCGGGACGGCUGGACGGAAGAACAGGUGGCUGAUCACAGUGUCAGACUUCCGGACGCGGAACCAGCUCCUGUGUUCGGGACUGACUUUGGGCGGAAACCACUUUGUACUGCGGCGCUGGGAUGAUUUGGUGAUGGAGGACUAUCGCAUGCACCUCCGGAGGGCCCUCGCACGCCAACGCCUGCUGGACACCCUUAGUGACAACUGGGACGGGAACCAGUUGGAUGGGAUAUGAAGUCCUGGGAAGAGAACUGUCAGCAGCAGAGCAAAACACGCUGUUUGUCUGUGU